UUUCCAUUUGUUCACCUUCAUUUUCUACAGUAUGGGAUCUCUUCAAGGCAAGGGUCAACGGGGUUCAUCGUCACUUGUCCCAUGGCGGAGGGGGGUCUACCAUCAUAAGGUACCAAGGCAGUUGAGGCCUAACGAGCGUAAAAAAGUAAUUAUUUUUCUUAAGAAAAAUUUUAAUAUUUUAUUCUAUACAAAUAUCUCUCGAGGUAUCGCUUUGUCUCAUAUAUAAGACAAAAAAACGUUGUCUGAAAUAUCUAAACUACUCUCAAAUUGCCACCUGAUAUUGUAGCAAAUCCCCUUUUUUCCUUGCUCUUUCUUUUCUACCGACGAUCUCUACACUGCCUUCUUCUUCAGCUCACCCCAAAUCUCCUAACCCCUCUUUUAGUUCCCUGAGAUUCGUCCAUUCCCAACUUUUACCUUCCCAAUUAUACUCUUGAGAACAUCAUGGAUCUAGCCCCGGAGGAGCUUCAGUUCUUGUCCAUUCCAGACAUCCUCAGAGAAUCAAUUUCGAUCCCAAAAAGAUCCCCAAAAACCUUCUGUCUCAUAACCUUAGCUCUCAUUUUUCCUCUCUCUUUUGCCAUUUUAGCUCACUCGCUUUUCACACACCCAAUCUUAACUCAACUCGAAUCACAUCCAUUAGCCGACCCUGCCCAAACCCGUCAUGAGUGGACCCUCCUCUUAACCUUCCAAUUCUUUUACCUCAUCUUCCUCUUUGCCUUCUCUCUUUUAUCAACUGCUGCAGUUGUCUUUACAGUUGCAUCUCUCUACACAUCAAAGCCAGUCUCUUUCUCUUCCACGAUCUCAGCCAUUCCCAAGGUUUUUAAGCGCCUUUUUAUAACUUUCGGAUGGGUUUCUCUCUUGAUGUUUGUUUACAAUGCCUUGUUGAUUGCUUUCUUCGUCUUAUUUGUCAUUGCCGUUGAUACCCAGAAUGCCCUUUUAUCUUUCUUAGCAUUUAUGGUGAUUUUGGUGCUCUUUUUGGGUGUUCAUGUUUACAUCACGGCGCUAUGGCAUUUGGCUAGUGUGGUGUCGGUGCUUGAACCGGUUUACGGGCUUGCUGCAAUGAAAAAGAGCUAUGAGUUGUUGAAAAGGAGGGUGAAGAUGGCUUUCAUUUUGGUUUUUGGAUAUUUGGCAAUUUGCGCUGUGAUUGGGGGUAUUUUUGGAACGGUGGUGGUACAUGGAGGAGAAAGUUACGGGGUUUUUGGGAGAAUUGCGGUGGGGGGAUUUUUGGUUGGAGUUUUGGUGAUUGUGAAUCUGGUGGGCUUGUUGGUUCAGAGUGUAUUUUACUAUGUCUGUAAGAGUUAUCAUCAUCAGGGAAUCGAUAAGAGUGCAUUGCAUGAUCAUCUUGGUGGGUAUCUUGGGGAGUAUGUGCCUCUCAAGACCAGCAUUCAAAUGGAGAACUUGGAUGCUUGAUUGGACAAGGAAAAACUGUAUUUUGUGAAAUGAUUUAGAGAGGAAACAUCUUUCAAAAGGGUAUGUGGGAUCCUAUGCUGUUUUUAGGAAUCUUCACGUAUUUGUUCCCCUCCUACUUCCCCCUCCCCCCUCCCUCCCUUUCAGUCUUUGGCAAUAGAAGUUUUAGUAUGUAACUGCCUUCCAUUUCUGUUUUAUGUUUUCUUAACUGUUAAGCAUCAGUUGUUGAAUGACAAACUUGUAUACUAGACUGCAAACUUUACGGUAACUGAAAGAUCCUAUUGUUCUUUCGCCUGUGUUUAUUAUGUUAUUGAGAAAUGAGUUUUAGACUUGGUGUUGGAUUGCCUAUAUUCUUAAAAUUGUUGAUGUAUUCCAGGAGUAGGUCCAAAUUCUAGGAUUCCCUGAUCAUGUAAUGAGCAGUUGCUUCCUAACUUCGUUUAGUUGUAGUGUGUUUCAAGCAAAGGAAGCUAUUGAUGUGAGAAAAGAGAUUGCUGUCGUGUAAACCAGAUAGGUGGUUUGUUUUUAGCUGCCCAACGUCAUAGAGACAUUUAGAAUUUCCAUAGUCAUUGGUCAGAGAAAUAUAUACAUGUCUCCCUAAUUAGUUGUUUAAUGUGUGCUGUCAGCCAUCCUUUGAAAGGAAUGCCUGGAAUAAGGUAUUCAAGCAAGGCUGAGAGACGGAGUAACAUGUUUUUAAUCAAGUAAACAUUUACGUCAUGUGUUCUUAUCACCCUUUCACUGGGGAUUCUGGUUCACUUCCAGCCCUGCCCAGGGAUUCAUUUUAAAUUUAACAAGUAAUAACUUUACAAACACGGAUGAUACC